CUGUUCUCUCUCCCUCUCCCCAGCCCCCAAAAUCCAACCUCUAAUUUGCUCGCGUCUCCGGCGAAUUCGACCCCUCAUCGUCCCAAAUUCGCAGGUCCGAUCCCGAAUCCGGCGCUGCUUCUUGCGGUCUCCGGCGAUGGCCACACACGUCUAGGGUUUUCCCGGCUCCAAGCCCGAUCGAUUCGGCGGCGCUUCCGACGAUGGACGGCAACAAUAUUCCCCUCCCCCUUCUCGCAUUGUUCUCGCCUCUCGCCGGUGGUUUCCGCCCCCUCGGAGCUCGGAAUCAGUGGUUUUCCGGUUCGUUAUCUUGAGUUUCUUCCAGCGGUUCGCCUGAAUUCGGCGAGGUGCGAUCGAGAUUCGCCAUGGCUAGCUCCGGCGAUGGAGAGAACGGCGAGAACCGCCGGACGCGACUGGACCGCGACGAGCCCGGCGAUCCGUCGUCGAUCGACGCGUCCUCGGUGGAGUGCGGGCCGAGCUCGAGGGUUUCGAGGGGGGCAGCCGAGGAGAUUGGGAUGGCGGAGAGGCUGACAGACGUCUUCGUCGGGGGAGGCGACGGAGAUCUGUUGAUGCAGCGGAGCGAUCGGGAGGAUAGGGUUCUGCAGGCGCUCGAUAUGCAAGUGGUUGGGGCCUGCCGCGCGAAUGAGAGAUUGAAGCCGUUGUCGAAGUCGAGUGGGUCGAGCAGCGCGGCUAAGGAUCGGUUGUUGGCUCACCUCAGUCGGCUCAAAAUUCGGAAUGACUUUGACCCGGUACUUUCUCCUGAGAGUUCACUGUUUCUUUUGAAGAGCAACAAACAAGUGGCUUAUCAAGAUAUUCUAAAAAUUCUGGACCGUGCAAAGAUCUGCAGUUCUGCUCAAAAUUUCAUUGAUAUAUACUUGCGGCUUCCUGGAAUUCCUGCUAAUGGACAGUUGCAAGAGAGUGACUGCAUAAGAGUCAGGAUAUGUGAGGGCAGAUUCGCCGUACUGAUACGGGAGCCUAUAAGGGAAGGCAAUUUCAUUAUUCAACCCAAAGUAGAUUUUGAUAUCAGCGUCAGUACAGUUGCUGGUCUCUUGAACCUUGGGUAUCAAGCUGUGGCAUAUAUCGAAGCUUCGGCCUUCAUUAGAUGGGAAGGUUAUAAUAGCUGA